UUGAAACUCUGUCAAGAAAUAAAUCUUUCGGCAAAAAUAUUGUGAAAUCAAUCAAGUCCAUUUAAUUCAUUAAUUAGAGCAUUAAAACACUACUAAAUCCGAUAAAAAUGCUUCGAAAUAAACUAGUUUCUUUGGGACAUCCAAAUCCCGAAGUGAAUACGCAAGAUAUGAAGUCUUUUAGGAAUUUAAUUGUGUGGCUUGAAGAUCAACAUAUUAGAAACUAUAAAAUUGAGGAUAGAGCAGGAUUAAGGAAGAUAACAAGUCCUGAAUGGAGUAAAGCAUUCGAGAAAUAUAAGGAGGAUCUAAAUUGUCCAAAAGAAUUAAAAACAGAAUUAGAGCAACUAAAAUGGAUUUUGUCAUAUGCAAUCAAAUUAGAAUACAGUGAUAAUUUGGACAAGUAUCGUUCAAUGACAUCAGAAAAGAUUAGGGAAGCUGAAAAGUCACAAUCUAGUGCGCCAAGCGUCAAAUCCGUAAAUCCAUUUGAUAAUCUCGAUUUCACCAGUCCUCAAUUUGAAGCUGGAGUUCGUACCCUCGCACUUAAACUUAAUGUUCCUCAUCAUCCUGAUCACUUAAUCGUUCUUGGUGCAAUUAGUCGUGUCAUCAAAGAUAACUUAAAUAAAGAAGCACUAAAGAUAUCCAUUCCCGAAGGCAAACCUUUUCCAAUUUUCGAUGGUCAAGGCAUGAAUCAAAACGACGCAGAUAUAGAAACAGCAUCACGAAUUUUGAGACUUUUACAAGUUCAGAGUUUACGAGAAAUUCAGACAGUCAUCAAUGAGACAAUUGUCGAAUGUCAAGAUCUGAUUACGACAGAGCCAAAAACUGAUACUCGAUUAGGAAAAGUCGGCUUUUAAAGCCUCAUUAAAUCUCAAAAUAAAAAUUGAAACUCUUGAUUUU